AUGUUGAUGCUCCCAUCAGUCUUAAGCAAAAAGCCAAUAACAAAAGCUUCUCAAAUAAUACUUCAAAGGCACCUAAAAUUAAAGCCAGAUUUCUCCAAGUUGAAGUUAAAAGAACAACCUGCCGGUUAUGUAGUGGGUACUGUGAAUGAUGCCUACGUUCCUCCAGUUGCCGACCAUUAUGAAGGUAGUUAUCAUUGGACUUAUGAGAGAGCUAUAACUAUAGGUAUGAUUCCAUUGGUCAUGUCUCCAUUUAUCUCAGGUGUUGACUAUCCUAUGGUUGAUGCUACUUUUUCAACCUUACUUUUAUUUCAUUGUCAUGCUGGGUUUAAAUCUUGUAUUAUUGAUUAUGUACCAAAAAGGGUUUAUGGCGUCUGGCAUGGAGUUGCAUGUAAAUUAUUAACUUUAGGUACAUUCAUAGGAAUGUAUGGUAUUUAUGUUUUAGAAACUUCAAGUAAUGGUCUCUUUGAUUUGGUUAAAAGUAUUUGGGCCGCUUAA